AUCCAGGAUUUUCAAUAGUUUAACAACAGUACAUGAAACUGCGGGCCAUACAAGUACUGAUGAACUUGAGCUUGUCUUUCAUUAAUAACGCAGUGUGUCUUGUAAGUAUAAUGUUGAAACGAAUGUUAAAAACUGUUUAAGGUGAUAAAAUUGAUAUGUUAUCGGUCAUGAAGUUAGUGUUCAGUAUAAAAAGAAAAAAAAACAGGAAUAUGAAACGGGUUUUUCUUCCGGCUUCUUAAGUUUACGGGUUUGGUUCCUGCACAAGACACUCGCUUGUAAAGCUUAAUUGAGAUGUGUGUGUGUGUGUGUGUGUUUAUUAUGUGUGUGUGUGCUUCCUGUGUUUACAUCAUGACUUUUCCUACUUAAUAAGCUUAAAACUUUAUCAGUGGAGCGAUCGCCGUAGGGGAAAGACUUUAUUUCCACAGCCAUCACAAUGUGGAGCCCAUAUCUUACAAACAUUGUAAGAACUGUGCUGACCUUCUUUGUUAUACUAAACAAAGGAUAUUCAGGCCUCACCGUGCUGAGUGAUUGUCACGUGACAAUCAACGUAUCAGCUUGGUCUUUGCAUGGAUCCUGCUUAGUGUCCAGUACUUCUGAUCAGUAUCAAUGCUACUGGAUUCUGAAGGAGAAACGAGGACAACACGUUGUUCUGAAUACUUUUUGUAAUAAAACAAAUAGAGAUCAAAACACGGGGCUGACUGGAAUCUGUUCAUUUAUGUUUUCUAUGCCGAAACAAGAAGGAGAAUACAGAUAUUUCAUUCUCAGCAAACCAGAGCCUGCCAAUAAUUAUUCCUUUGAUAUGAUUAUAAACGGCACAGACGAAGGUGGCAUUGUAGAUUAUACUUUCUGGGUAGAUAAUGGCGUCGAAUUUGGAAGAUUUACGUGCAAUGCUUCCAGCUAUUUUCAAGAUGUCCUUUAUAUCUGGACCAUCCCUUGCCAAAAUGAGUUGAUUAGAGACAAAACCAGUGAAUGCAGUACUUCAUUGACAGAUAGAAAGGAAGAGAUCACAUGUAUUGCAAUCAAUGCUUCUACAUCCAUGAAUGUUUUCCACGAAGGUUCGUCACAACAUCCAAAGAAAGAAUUACCGAGAUCUGUCUUAAUAGGUUGUACGGUGGGUAUGUUUGGAAUUAUGUCCCUUUCCGUUGCGAUCGCCAUUUACUUAAAGCGUCGAAAAGGUGCUGGCCACUGUCGCACCACAGAAUACUCAACCGAAGAUGUCAUCAGGAAUUCAACUUCGACAUCAACUAGAGUAAACAAUGUGUCUGAUUUGACUCAGGAAGAACAUCCUGGCUCGUCUCUUGACUUUUAUACAACUUCAGACAAUAGCACGAUAAGAAGACAAGAAUGGGAUUCAGGACAAACUACACAUCUUAAACUAUCAACAAUGAUUAAAAAGCCAGUAGAAACGUCUGUCCUCAGGGAGGAAAGAGAGACCGCAGAGGAAUCUGUUAAUUUUGACAGCAGUUGUUCAAACAGUGAAUAUGAAAACAUCGACACACAUAGCACUCCAAAGGCCACUGAUGCAGUCGACUUCAGACGACGAGAAUCUUCUAAGAAAUCACAGGAAGAAACUCGUCCACAGUCUGACAGUGAUGCUACCUUGUACAACAGACUGAGCUUCUUUACUCACCGUCGUCCUCUCUCUGGACCCACACAGUUGGAUUCUCCGUAUAAUCACCUCGAUCAUCACUAAACUUUAUAUCCUUCCCACACCAUUUUGAUUGAUCAGUAACAAACUUUCAUUAGGUUAUUCAAUCUUGAGACAUUUUUUCAGCAAAUUGGGGGUUGUAAUCCUUCUCUGUUCGCGCUAAUUAUUGUAAUAAUUUCUACAGAAAGACCAGAGACUCAAGGACAGUAGCUACUUCUCCAGCUAAUAAAAAAAUUAUAACAAUUUUUCUGUUCUUGCAUGUUUUUAAACAACUAUUGUUUGAAGUGCAUGGAUUCCUUUAAUAAUGAAUGAUAGUAAUGUGAAUGUACUCUUUUGUACUAAACUCUUAGUAAAGUUAAAGUAGAAGAAUAUAUUAAAACUGCAUUUUAAAGAAAUAUGAUUUUUUAUUAUUUUUGUUUUUAUUUUUCCACACAUUUGUUGAUGAAUGUAUGAAUGUGUGGCAUCUUUAACAGCAAAUUUUAAUUUGUAUGUGGGUGAGCGUGGAAGUCUGAUUAAUAAAACCUUGUAUUUUUUACUACUGCAAAAGCUCGAAUAAUAAUCAGAUAUUGUUGGUAAGUCAGUUAUUCUGUCUAAAGCUGAGACAACCUGAAAAAAGCAAUGACUUUAGUUGCCUUCAUAACAGGAAGGGUUAGGUUAUCUUAGUCGAAAGCACAUAGUAAGCAAUUGACUUACUUCUUUUUUAUGUCAAUGGAAGAGAGAAUUAGUUUUAUAGCAUUGUACUUAUGAGUGGCUCCCCUUUGUGUAUCCACCUGCAGGCGCAUCUGUUUGUGUGUGAACAAACUGAGUCUAUUAAAAAAGUUAAAAAUUU